UCCAUCUCUCCUCGUCUCCUCCUCCUCCUCCUUCCUCCCAACUCCGAACUCCGAAGUCCCCUCCAUACUUUCAACUUUCAAAUGUCCCAACGCCGCUCAGAUUCCGCCGCAAAAAUCUCCGCCAUUUCCAUUCCUCCACAAAAAUUAAUUAAUUAAUUUAAUUGCUUAAUUUUCCACUUUAAAUCCAAGUUUAUUUUAAUCGCUUCAACACUCCGCUACCUCCCUAAAACCUUUCAAAAACAUUACCAUUAUUUUCGGCGGAGGUUUAUCUGCUAGGGUUUUUCUGUUUCUCUCCUCUGUCAAUGGCGUUUUCUUGAUUAAUGGCGGCCAGUUCCAGGGGAUUCACGACUCCGCUCGAGUUCAAGCUCCGGAGGCUCGAGUCCUUCCGUGGAUUUGAGCUGAAGAAGAGGAGGAGACUGUGCUUCAACUGUGAUCAAGUGACAGUGGUGAGUCGGAUUAGCUGCUGCUGCUGUUCUGACCGGGCGUUUCCGAUCCGGAGGUCUACAAGGUGCGGAAAGAGUACUCAGAAGGAAGAGGAAUGGCGGCGGUUCGAUCAGAAGAAGAGCCAUCGCAGACUCCGUGUCCAUGCUUCUUCUUCUACUAUGCCUUUCGCUUCUCCUGAACCAGGAUAUGCUUCUAAACAAGAAAAAUUCUCCCCACGGUGUACUCCGAAAAAUUCUCCCGACGGCCCACAAUCCCGUGACACCCCGCCAAAGAGAGACACUGGUAUUGCAAAUGAGGAAGAUUGGGGCAUCAGCUUGUUAAAUGGAAAUGUAAACGAGUCUGGCACUAAUGAAGAUGGAAGUACUUGGUAUCGAGAAAGUGGGGAGGAUCUUGAUGAAAAUGGAUACAGAUGUAGAUGGACGAGGAUGGGUGGUAGAUCUAAGGAUGGUUCCUCUGAAUGGAAAGAAACGUGGUGGGAGAAAAGUGACUGGACUGGAUACAAAGAGCUUGGUGUGGAGAAAUCAGGAAGGAAUGCUGAAGGAGAUUCUUGGUGGGAAACAUGGCAGGAGGUGCUUCAUCAAGAUGAAUGGAGUAAUUUAGCAAGGAUAGAAAGGAGCGCUCAGAAGCAAGCAAAAUCAGGUACUGAAAAUGCUGGAUGGUUUGAGAAAUGGUGGGAGAAAUAUGAUGCCAAAGGCUGGACAGAAAAAGGAGCACAUAAGUAUGGUAGGCUGAAUGAACAAUCAUGGUGGGAGAAGUGGGGAGAACAUUAUGAUGGAGGAUCUGUUAUAAAAUGGACGGAUAAAUGGGCAGAGACUGAAUUGGGAACCAAAUGGGGAGACAAGUGGGAGGAGAAGUUCUUUGCUGGCAUUGGUUCGCGUCAAGGAGAGACAUGGCAUGUAUCUUCUGGUGGUGAACGGUGGUCAAGGACAUGGGGAGAGGAACAUUUUGGAAAUGGUAAAGUUCACAAAUAUGGGAAGAGCACGACAGGUGAAAGCUGGGAUAUUGUUGUUGACGAGGAAACCUAUUAUGAGUAAGAAUAUGCUUGUAUUUUUGUCAUAUACUUAUCUUGUAUUGAUAUCACUAUAUUUGCGUAAUUUAUGAACUUUAAGAACAUGGUGGUAUGUCCAAGAAUCAUGGAGGUCAGAUGUUCUAUUUAUGGACGAUAAAGCAACAUGUAUUUUUGUUUUUUUCUCUUUUUGGCCACGAUAAAGCAACAUGUUGUGAAAGUUUUUGCUUAUGAUGCCAGGGCCGAACCUCAUUAUGGAUGGGCAGAUGUUGUUGGGGAUUCCAGCCAGUUGCUAUCAAUCAAGCCAAGGGAGAGGCCUCCUGGAGUCUAUCCUGAUAUUGAUUUCGGGUCAUCACCAGAUAAACCCACCUGAUCUGCCUCGCACUUCACUAUGAAGAGCAGCCUUUUAGCGCCAUAUUUAAUCAAUGAUUUGUCACAUUGUUUAAAACUUUUUGAACUGAAAAUUGUGAAUUACUGCUUUGCAAUUUUAUUCAUUUUUUCAUGGGUCAUUGUAUGCUAGGGAAUGGUAAUAAAUUCAUUUAUUCCCUUGUCUUGAUAAUU